AUGUUUCGACGGGUGGUGUCGCUCUUACUCAAGCGACUGCUGAGUCUCUUGGGCAUAGAGGUGCAGAGCCUCAUUGUAGGAGGAUCUCGGGACGGCCUCGUGUUGCAAGGGCUAGUGGCACAAUGCCGCCACCUCUCCUUAGACUUGCUGCUGCACUCCCUUUUCAUUGGGGAAGUGCGCGUCAAAGCAUCCUGGCGGCAGCUGCUGCAGCAGCUCGUACUGCACCGGGACGGCAGCCGUAUUGAGGUGCACGUGCACCAAGUCUACGCGUUGGUGUCUACCCAAAGCGAGUUUGCCAAUGAAGAAUUCAACGUCUUUUUUUCCAUACGUGACGUGCACUUCCGACUGGAGGAUCCGACUGGCAGGGCAUGCGCCGCUGCCGCUAAUGCACGCUACCCGCAACAUCGCUCUGACCAAAAGCGUGCAACACCUCCACCACUGCCGGACGCGUCAGAUGCAGGCACAGCCUCGGCAGCAGGGGAUGGCAGCGUAGAGUCUCUGAGUGUCGCUGUUGGCUCUGGGAGCUGCAGGCGAAGGAGACUCUCAGCAACCUGUUCAACUGCGAACCGCGCAAAAGCGAGAACGCCAGUCGAAGCGAGCAGCAGUGGCCUGCACCGCACGUCAAAAGGCACAGAAGAUGCGUCCCCUCUGGGGGAUCCCAUCAGGAGGCAGCACUCAUUCCCCCCUUCCUUCCCGAGACACCCCGAAAAGCACCCCCUGAAACUGCCUCAAGCCGCAGAAACGCUUGUUGAAGACGCUGCCGCCGCAGCAGCACGCACACUUGAGGCAGCUGCCGAGAUGAUGCGGACCGAGAGACAGCAGCUUCCCAAGUCGGAGGCUGAGGAGCUGUCGAGUUGCCUUUCGGAUUCGGACGUGGAGAGAGCGGCAGAGGCCGUAAAAGCGGCAGCAAGAAGGACAAGCGGAUACAUCUUGGAAGAAGAAGACAGGAUUGCUAGGGAGUUCGGCGGAGGGGUGUCUCUAGGCGGGGAAUCUCUUGAGUACUUAGGCAGUAGCGCUUGCAGCACCGACGAAGCUUUGGGGAGUGCGCUUUUUUCGCAAUCACGCCAAUCCUCGCGAACCCUACAGAGCGAGGCGGCUUUAGGCCUCGUGGGGUUGCACGAGGUUGAACUUUGCGGGCUGUCUGCCUACUGGAGAAGCGACGAGUGGCGGCUGACAACGCGGCAGCAGCUUCACCCCAAUUCGGCAGCGUUUGCUGCCGAGUUCAAGCAGCAGCAUGAAGAGCAUCCGGAUGCCAGCAUCUCGUUGGCUGCCUUGGGGGGACGCCUCUCGGGAUCUGAGCUUCGGGUGUCUCUGCAGACCGUGGCAGCGGACGCAGCAGCAGAAGACUUCGCGAUGCGUCUUGGAGGGAUGGAUUUGGUGAUGAGGCUAGAGCGAACAGCAGCGUUAGCAGCAGGGCUAGCAGAGGCCGUGGCGUCAUCGGGGAUGUCUCAGACUUCUGCGGUAGCCGGUUCUGUAGAGACACCCGAUCGCGCUGAAGCCCAUAGGGCCUCUGUGGCUGCGGCAAGGGCAGCAGCCACCGAGAGUGUGUGUGGAGGUUGUUUUUGA